AUGAAUCUUGGCGAAGAAGCGAUCACUCAACGCCAAGCACGUCAUUUUUCAUAUGCCGACGUGAAGCCAAUGCGCAUUAAUGUUCCCAUUCGAGAAAAAAGGUUCCGUGUUGCUGGGACGAAGAACAAUCCGGAUAUGCCACCACCGUUGCAGCAAGGUAGUCCACUGCUGACAUGGCUACUGCCUGACAAAACGCGUUCUCGAGUAUCUCGUGAGACUGACACUUGGAUACCGCAAGUAGAGGUCUGCACCUAUUCGGGCCCGCAUCGACGGUUAUGGAUGGGUCCUCAAUUCAAGUUCUUCGAGUACCGUGAGGAGAACACCAGUGCUGAAUUGAUGACGCCUUCAGAGUCAAGGCACUCUUUGUCGUCCAUAAAAUCGAUUCCUGUGGUGAUAGGAGGUGCUGGUAGUAGCUGUGCAAAUAGUGAAGCUACGCGUAUCGAGUGCGGGUCGUGGGCAAGUGAAGUCUCGAUGGCAAUGGGUGAUGCAGUGAAUGCGAGCGGCAGCGACAUCAGUGGUCAGAUUGCUGAUGCAAUGCGCGAUCUUGAACUGGAGGAUCAG